AUGAAGAUCCUAGUUUCAAAGUCACAUGUAAGAGUCAUAGAAGCGAUUAAUCUUGUAGGCCGUGAAGUGAUCAACAUUUCUCAUAGCGGCGAGCUACGCGUAUGGGUCGAUGGAAUGCCACGUGUGUGGAUUCUACUCGUGGAAAGGGUUACAACUGCGAGUGUUUCCAAGGUUACGAGGGAAACCCUUAUAAUACUCAACUCGGUUGCAUUACAAAUCAACUCAAACAAUGAAAUUUGUCACGUACGUCUCCAGAUUCUUUCUCGUCAGUUUUUUGCCCUGAAAGUAACAGUUCAAGGCAAAGAGGCUACGUACUGUGAAGAUGGGAAGCCAAAAGUAACAGUUCAAGUCUACUUUUAA